AUUAUAUUCCACUUUCCUUUUGUUCUUUUCUAAGCAACCAUGUCGACAACUUCAAACACCACCACGAAAUCCUCCCUCGUCAACGACGACGAACUCCAAAAGGUCUUCGACCAGUUCGACGCCAACAAGGACGGCAAUAUCUCCGUAUCUGAACUCCGCGACGUCUUGAAAGCAAUGGGCUCCAGCUACUCGGAGGACGAGCUCAAACGUGUCUUGGAAGACAUCGACACCGACAAAGACGGCCUCAUCGAUUUCUCCGAGUUCUCCACUCUCUGCCGCUCGUCUUCCGAUGAGGUCACCGCCGCCUUGGAGAUGCGCGACGCCUUCGAUUUGUACGACCAGGACAAGGACGGCCUGAUCUCGAAUAAAGAGUUGCAUCUUGUCCUGAAUCGGCUGGGGAUGAAUAGUUCGGUCGAUGAUUGUGCUCGGAUGAUCAAGUCGGUCGAUUCCGACGGCGAUGGGAAUGUCAAUUUCGAGGAGUUUCAGAAGAUGAUGAGUGCUUCGUUGAUGAAUAACGACAAGGGAUCUAAGCCGUAGGAUUGAAAGAAUUUUGACGGUGAAUGAUUGAUUCCGAGGACUCGGGUCAAAGGUAAGGUUUAGUCCUUUAUGUCUGUUUUAUGACUUUAUGCUUGUUUCCAAAAAUAAUUUCAUCAACAUAUCCUAUCAAACUACCGUUCUUGUGGCAUCGAAUCAAAUGAAAAAUUAGCUCGGUUACCAUUAAUACCAGAUUUGUUUUUAUUUCAA